AUGUCUGUUCUAUCUGAUGGACCAGGACUGGAAGAUGGGACUGCCAUUGCUGAUGAUUCUGUUGCAACAUCUGUUUUCCACAUGGUGUCAGGGCAUAAUGAGACUUCAUGCCUUGCAAUGAACACGUCGAAGAUCCGCAGAAUGGGCAAUGAUAAUGUGUGGGGGCCAUUGGUGCAGUGCAAGAAAUAUAUCAGGCAAGUGGAAACGCGCUUUCUUCCUUGCACCACCACCAUCCUUGUCCCAUGGCUCACAGAAACACUGUCACCUCUGAGUCUGAUGAUGAAGUUAGAGUGCCUUGUCAAAGAAUUACAUCUUACAGAUAAAAACCAUCAAGAGCAAUACAUGAAAAAGCUCGAAAGAGAAAAUGCGGCCUUGAAGAAGAAGAACCAAAAGCUUGCUACCACCAAAGAUCUCCAGGAGCAUGCUGAUGAGGAAUAUUGCCUCUUGCACAAUGGCUACUCCAAGCGAACUUGUACCAUUGCACGUGGUGAGAAAGGUCUCAAUCUUUGGGACUAUAGUGGUACUGCAAAGAGUGUGAUCCAUGAGGUCCUCCAGCGCUAUGAGAACAAGAUUUUUACAGUUGACGCAUACCCUGAUGAUACAAAGCAAGCUGAAAUUGUUCAUUCUCUGUGGGCUGAUGUGUGUGAGAAUGUCAGGAAAGAGUUUGAACUGACUGCUGCUCUUCAGUCCAUGGUCUCCGACAAAAAGAAAAUUCAACAAACAAACAAGAAUCUCUACGUUAUGCUCUCAACUGGCAGUGCAUUCUCCUUCAAGAAUCAAAAGGCCCCCGGAAUCAGGUACUCGGAUGACUAUGACCUGAUUAAACCAGAAUCCUUGGCACUAGUCAUGACUAUUCUCGAGAACUGUAUUGAAGAAUGGUCUAGCAGUAAAUAUGUACCGAGACCUCUGGAUGAGGAUAUCCAACGCCCACGCUAUCUCGCUCAUCUGGCAGAUGUCAAGAAAUGGUCUAAUUCUGGUGCAAAAGCGAAGGAGAAAGUGACAGGAUAUCUCGACGAUGAAGAGGAAGAAAAUCGGGCUAAGGCAGAUCUCGAUGGUAGGACCGGAGAAACAGAUAGUGAAGAUGAACCUGAUGAAGAUGAUGAGGGGAACCAGAUGGAGGUCCUGGAUGAAUGA